CGGUUGGCUUUCAGUUUUAUAUGAGAUAUCGUCGGAAUAAGUGCUUCGCAAGGCAAAGAAACAGAACAAACUGAGAUUAUCAUCACUUGAGUAAAUAUUUAAAAACAAAAAUAAAAAUAAAAACAAAUCAUAAAGAUAACCAAAUACCUAUGUAUGAGAAGAGAUAAACAGCGCAAAUCUUAAAUUCUCAUAAAAGUUUCAGACGCAAAAUGAAGAAAGCUUAUUCAGACUAUCCUCGCGAUAGUCGUUCGAUUGAUAUUUUGCAUAAAAGAAAAAUUAAAUCUAUUAUAAUGUGUUCUUUUCGGAACUUUCAAAUUAAAAGUGAAAGUAAUUGCCAGAAAAGUGUUUAGCACAAAGUUUCGAAUCAAAAUUGCCUGAUUAAGUGAGAAAAUCAAAAACUGGGAAUACCGUAAUUUAUAUUUUAAACUAUUUCGGUGAUUAGUGCAAGUGUAAGAACAAUUAAUACUUUAAAAAGUUUUAGUAUAGUCUCCCAUCAGACACAAAGGAGAUUUAAGUAUUGCCUGAUAUUUUGAAUACAAGUGACCUGGUGAAAUAUUUGAAAAUACAAAUAGUAUAAAUUGCUUCAAUUUCGCCUGGCAGCAUAAAGUUAAAACAGCUAAUAUGAGAGCAGAGGAUGUACCGCGAGUGCGCAUAGCUGUUAUUGGAAAUGCCGAUGUUGGAAAAUCAGCGCUGACAGUUCGUUAUCUGACGGGUCGCUUCAUUGGCGAAUAUCGCUCAAAUACAGAUUUAUUAUAUAAUAAAACGAUCUCUUUGGAUGCGGGCCUGACGGAAGUGGAAAUCGUUGACGUAUACGCCGGAAAUGAAGAUGAUUUUCCAAUGGAACAAGUUCUUUGGGCCGACGCAUGUAUGGUCGUCUACAAUAUAACGGAUCGAAUAAGUUUGGAUUAUGCCACAAAAUGUUUGGGCGAAAUAAAGGCGCUACAGAAUGGUCCGUCCGCCUACUUGAUUGGCAACAAAGCCGAUUUGGAUCACUUACGGGAGAUACCAGAGAAGGAGGGAGCUGCCGUGGCUGCUGCACAUGCAACUGGCUUCUGUGAGGUAUCCGUUGCCGAGUACACACCUUUACUGACCAAAGCCUUCGAAAAAUUAAUUAUCGACUCCCGCACGCGUCCACAAAAGCAGAUUCGCAAAUUUUCUGUUAGCAAAAUGCUGGGUACACUGAUCGGCAGCAGCGGAUAUGGCAGCAACCGAAAUUUGGCCAUUAACCAGGGCACCGUAAUACCCUGUCAUAAGGGAGAAUUGCACAAGACACGUGUUUUGAAGCGUCGACAAGGCUUUAUGGCCACGUCCAGCUUGUGACCGGCAGCGGAGACUGACUGGUGAAGAGGGAAUAUUUAAAGGGCGGGAAUGCUACAAAUUUUGUUUGUAUAAAUGUACAUAGGCUUAUGAAUAAUUAUAGAUCAUAGCAUGUGGGGUAGAAUUAGAAAACUCCCAUUUUUCAACGUAAGGAAAACCAUGUUGCUGAGUUAAUUUGCCUUAAAUCACAAUAUAUAUGGUGAGAAUUAAUUUAUAACUUAUGUUAAUAAAAACACAGGAUACCGUUUGUAGCAAGUUUUUAUAGGGAAUGUACAAUAAAUUCAACGUUUUUUGUAUUGAAAUGAAAUUUCUGAUACUAUGUUACGUUACUUUAAUAAUAAUAUUAAUACAAUAGAAGGUUAAGAGCUGUAGAAAGAGAAACUUUGCGGUAACUAAAGAAAAAAACUACGGAAUUUGUCAAAAUAUUCAAACUAAGACGUUUCGAAAUUUCAUUUGAAACAAAAU